AUGAACUUCCAAAGCCUAAUCAUGGCCGACAACUCUGUUUCUGUUCUUGUCAUUUUCAUUCUUUUCUUUACCUUUGCAGAUGACACUCACUCUAUAUACCUCAAUUCUAGUGCUUGCAUUACGCAGAAUUGCGGUGAUGGAGUGAACAUAUCAUACCCCUUUUGGAUUCCUGAAAAACAACCAUCCUACUGUGGCUUACCAGCUUAUAAUGUCACUUGCAACAAACAUAAACCAUUUCUUCAUAUUUCUGAAGAGGAGUUUAUCAUUAAGGAAGUAUAUUACACAAAGUACUCGAUUUUGCUAGCGAAAGCAGACGUGUUUGAUGAAGAAAACAAAUGUCCAGUACCAAGACAUAAUUUUAGCACAAGGGGUACUCCAUUUUCUUUGGGGCCUAACACUGCAGAUCUCUUUUUCUUCUAUGACUGCACUCUCCCUUAUGAAAGGGAGACAUAUGAUGUCAAUUGUGCCCGUAAUGCCACUCACCAUUCUUUCGCGGUUUUUCAUACUGAGCUUCUGGAGCACUAUAACUAUUCAGUCGAAUCGUGUCAGGAUCCUAUUUAUGCCCUUGUUGAGGCUCAUUCUCUAGAUAGUUUGCUAAAAAUGAAUUACACACAAGUAUUACAAAAGGGAUUCUUUCUGCUGUGGGAUGGGAGUAAUUGUAGAGAUUGUCGGAAUAGUGGAGGGCGUUGUGGUACUCAGAGUAAUGAAUUUAUGUGCAUUUGCAAAGACCAAACCCAACCAAGAACAUGUCUUCAUGUUUCAGGAAGAAACAGACCCGGAAUGAAGAUUGCAAUAGGAUUCAUAGCCGCGGCAGGGACUGCAGUUGUAGCCUGUGGCUUGAUGUGCUGCUUACGAUCAAGAAAAACAAAUAAAACGCCAAAAAGAGAAGAUCAUAAUGUAGAGACCUUCCAGAGGCAGUAUGGAUCCCUAGCACCAACGGCAUAUAGCUAUUCCGACAUCAAGAAAAUGACAAAUUCCUUUAAAGAAAAACUUGGCGAAGGAGGUUACGGAGGGGUCUACAAAGGUAACCUUAAUGGUCAUCCUGUUGCUGUGAAGAUCUUAAAAGGGACAAAGGGAAAUGGAGAAGAAUUCAUUAACGAAGUUGCAAGCAUCAGUCGAACUUCUCAUGUCAACAUUGUUACUCUGUUGGGAUUCUGUUUGAAUCACAAGGAAAAAGCUCUUAUUUAUGAAUUCAUGCCAAAUGGAUCUCUGGAUAAACACAUAUAUAACGAAGAUUCUAACAUGGGAUGGGAAAUGUUAUACAAAAUUGCACUCGGGAUAGCUCGAGGAUUGGAAUAUUUGCAUAGAGGAUGCAACUCCCAAAUUUUGCAUUUUGACAUAAAACCUCACAACAUUCUUCUGGAUGAGGACUUUUGUCCUAAGAUAUCUGAUUUCGGUUUAGCAAAACUAUCUACUCGAAAAGAGAGCAUAAUGUCCACGCUAGAAGCCCGAGGAACCAUCGGUUACAUAGCUCCAGAGGUGUUUAGUAGAAACUUUGGAGGAGUGUCCCACAAAUCUGAUGUUUACAGCUAUGGAAUGAUGGUUCUUGAAAUGGUCGGAGGAAGAAAGAACUACACUGCUAAAAGAAGCCAUAAUAGUGAAAUAUACUUUCCGCGUUGGGCUUAUCAACGCAUUUUGUUAGAUGAAGAACUAAAUAUAAGAGAUACGAUGACGAAUGAAGAAGAGGAGAUUGCAAAGAAAAUGAUAUUAGUUGGCUUGUGGUGCAUCCAAACAGAUCCCCUGCAAAGGCCAGCCAUUGGUAAGGUAAUUGAAAUGUUAGAAGGUAGCUUAGAGGUCAUGCAAAUGCCACCAAAACCUUUCAUAUGUUCUCCUUCACGAUCAGAAGGAUCGACAUUGGAGAGACCAACAAAGCCACUCUUAUUUUCUACUUUGAGUUCAACGCUCGAGUCUACAGACUCAACAAUUGUACAAUUUGAAGAGUAAGCUUGUGGACAAUUACAAAAAUAUUCAUGACCAAAUUACAAAAAAAUCAUGUAGCCAAUUCCAAUA